CUGAAUCGCCCGGGUGGACAGUAUAGUUACUUCAACAUUAAAUGGAAUAAAAUGCCGUGGAUUCAUGUAAAUAGAGACGUUGCUUCAGCGUAAAUAAUUUAUGUGUCUUAAUUAAGACAGAUCACUUCCGGAGCGGGUGGUGGCAGACCUAUUUUCGGUUUUAUAUCAGCAAUAUUUCAGGGAGAGGAGUGACGUCCUCCUCACCACGCGGACUCCAGGGAGGUUUAUCAGUUUCGUCCUUGCUGAGCAAACGAUGAUCUGAGGACCCUCUGACUCCUCAACAACACACACACAAACACAUCUCUGCAUCACCCACUUUUCACUCUCGCUGCCCUUCGGCGAAAGAGUCGACCUCAUUGCCUCACCGCACCUGGGCAGAGAAAUGCGUGUGUGCGUGUACCCUGGGAUGCAUGACUGUGUCUGAGUGUUUUCGGGCUGAAGUAAGAGGUAGGCUGAACUCCCUCUCCGAGAGGCACUUCUCCAUUUGACUGACUACGACGUUUGCCUCCACAACUGCAAAGCAUCAUGGGUAGGAAAAAGAUUCAGAUCCAACGGAUCACCGACGAAAGGAACAAGCAGGUGACAUUCACAAAGCGAAAGUUCGGCUUGAUGAAGAAAGCCUACGAGCUGAGUGUAUUGUGUGACUGCGAGAUCGCCCUGAUCAUCUUCAACCACGCGAACAAGCUGUUCCAGUAUGCCAGUACUGACAUGGACAAGGUCUUGCUCAAAUACACAGAGUACAACGAGCCUCACGAGAGCCGAACCAAUGCAGAUAUCAUUGAGACUUUGAGAAAGAAAGGCUUUAACGGUUGUGACAGUCCAGAGCCUGACGGUGAAGACUCCAUUGACCAAAGUCCCCUAAAUGAUGAAAAGUACCGUAAGACCACCGAGGACCUUGAUGUUCUCUUCAAACGCUAUGGACAGUCCACAGCUCCGCCCCAGACGUUCUCCAUGCCAAUCACGGUCCAGGCAUCCAAUCAGAGCACACUGCAAUUCAGUAACCCUGGCAACGCACUGGUAACUACCUCCUAUGUAACAUCAUCGUCACUCACGGAUACCCACCUCCUGUCGCCACAGCAACCGGCUCUUCAGAGAAAUACGGUGUCUCCGGGGUUGCCACAGCGACCAGCCAGCGCAGGUGCUCUUCUUGGAGGCGACCUGAAUAAUUCAAAUGGAGGAUGCCCCAGUCCAGUCCCUAAUGGAUACACCAGUGCCAGGGCCUCCCCAGGCCUCCUCACCGUUUCCAACGGCAACAGUCUGGGGAAAGUAGUUCCGGCCAAGUCUCCGCCCCCACCUCAUAGCCCCCAGAUGGUCAACAGCCGCAAGCCAGACCUCCGAGUCAUCACCUCACAGGGUGGAAAGAGCCUCAUGCAGAUGAACGCCCAGCGGCUGGCGGCUGGAGCCCAGGUGGCACAAACCCUCACAACACCGGUGGUCUCUGUAGCCACACCGAGCCUCCUGGCACAGGGGCUGCCCUUCUCCGCCAUGCCGACAGCAUACAACACAGAGUACCAGCUGACGAGCGCAGACAUCACUGCUUUACACGCUCUGGCCUCACCUGGCAGCUUGUUGCCAACCAGUGUGUCCACAUGGCAACAGCAGCAACCACAGCAACAACAACAGCAGCAACAACAGCAAACACAACAACAGCAGCAGCAGCAACAGCUUAAUCUUGCAUCACUCAGCAACUUGGUCAUGUGGGGCAUGGACAAACAGAGCAGCGAGCUGUCUAGCCAGGUGUCCAGUCUGGCUGCCAAUCUGAGUGUUGGCUCUCCGUCCAACCUGCUCUUGGGUAGAGAUGAGUGGUUGGGCCGGCCUGUGACCAAUAUACCUCAAGGCGCAAUGCUGACCGUCAACACAAACUCCAGCGUGAGCAUCAAGUCGGAGCCCGUCUCGCCCGGCCGGGACCGCAGCACCCCUUGCCCCCCUCCUUCUUCCACCACGCCGUCCUCGAACUCAGGAGUGGCCAUCCUGACUGCGCCGCCGCAUUACCCCGGCUCCCUGCUGUGCCUGGAGCCCCCGACCGGCCGCUCGCCCGCAGACAGCGUAAGCAGCAACGCCAGCUCCUUUGAAGGCAGCGAUAGGGAUGAUGGGGCUGCGGCCGCAGGCGGCGGCGGUGGAGGCGGAGGCAGUAGCAGUGUCGCUGGUGCUACAGGAAGCGUUGGUCCCGCCAGCCGGUCCGUGCCGCACGACUUCAGCCCCUCAGCCGAGCUCCUCAGGGCGUCAAACGAACCAGAGCAGGAAGGAGGAAACAUCAAACGCAUGAGAUUAGACGCCUGGGUCACAUAGAGGCAGCGGCGUGAUCUUUCUGCAACCCCCCCCCCCGCCCCGCCCCCAGCCCCCCUGAGUGAAGUUUUGAUGACACUUAAACACCUACAACACACACAAACACACACAGCCCUGAACCUCCCACUGCCAUGUGACACUAUCAUCACACAUCUGCCUCUGUCCAACAUUAUACAACUCAACUGUGUCAUCCAGACUUAUGAGGCUUUGCCAAAAAAAUAAUAAAAAAUAAAUGAAAAAUAACAUUAAAAAAUCCUUCGGGGAUUGCGCUCUGAGUGAAGGGAGGACUGCUUAGUGCUCAGCUGGAUAUUUUGUCCCAGGUAGGCCCUUGAAUAGAGGGACAGUAGAUUUUUAAAGUCUUUUUUGCUUGAAUGGACUCCCGUGUAGUAAUUUCUUUUGGUAGAAAUGAGGUGUUAAACCUAUCUGCAAUCGGACGAAACCAUAAAAAAACAUUUAUCUUUCACAUGGUUUCCUUCAUCACCUUCAUGUAUUUACAUCAAGCUCUGCUACAUUAUUUCACAAUGUGACUGGUGGCUUGUCGACAUUAUGAGACUUGCAGUAAUCGACUCGUCACGUCCGGCUCUUAAAUCAUAAUUUGAAUCGUGCGCUGUCCAUUCUUCCAUGAGUCACUUUCCAAACUGCACUUUUGGAAACAACUUUUAUCUGGACGAGUUUGAGGACAGAGCAUCUCUCUGGCACUGAGCAAAGAGACUCAAACAGGGUCUUCUCGAUAAGGAUAGUUCACCACCACCACCACCACCAGUGGAUCUUUACGCUGACACAAUUACCAACCUCGUACACCCAGACCCCCCCGAGCCCUCAGGUGGCACUCUGCAGCCGUGGAGUCGAGCACCUUUGCCAGAGUGCCAAUAUCGACCUCUCUUCAGAAAAAAAAAGCCAAAUGCCUCUCACACACGGGGUGCAGGGACACUGACGAAUUAUCACUCACACUAUCACAGAAAACGACUGGGACUAGCAUAUGAAAACUAUCGAUGCCUUUUUUAAGGCUUUGAAUUCGCCAUCACACUCUCUCUCCUCAGACUGGGUGCUCCUCCCGUCCUCGCACCUGUUCUCCUCUGCAACUCGGAUGGAAAUUUGUUGCACCAGAAAUCCAGCCAGUCGCUCAGUUUAUUACCAGGAGUAGAUGCCAUCCAGUUAAAAAUGCAUAGUAUGAGUUUUAUGAGCCUCUGGUGGGGUUUUUUUGGGUAAGGAAGUAUUUGGUUCUUUAAGUCCAAGUGUUCUUUAUCUGUUGGUAUUUUAAAAUCUGUUUUGAAGGUCUGUUAGUUGUCCACGAAUAGGAACUUUGUAUAAAAUCACUCCUUAUACAAAAGCUUUGAUGUCCUCUCUAGCUCUCUCUAGCUCUCCUUAUCUCUUUGCAGUGUUUCAAAAAGUGAAAGGAAAAUACAUUUUCUAUAUUUCUACCGCUUCAGUUGGCGACAAAGUAAAAUAGCUUUUCAGCUUCAAACGACGUGUAUGUACAUAUGAAUAUAUUUGCAUAGACUUUGCUAGGUAUCCCUAAAAACAAGCAAUGUGUUGAUUCUCAGUGGAUCUGUUUGCAUAUAUGAGUGUGAAAUUUGAUAUGUUUCGAGCUACGGUGCAGGGGUUAACGCCACACUAGGUAGUGAUGGUGGAUCGGACUUGUUUCAGUAAACCUAUUUUAAUGCUAGUGUUGAUGGUGUGUGCACUUUCUGUCUCACUCACAGAGGCCUGCUUGGUUGUGGUGUCAUCAUAUUCUCUUGCCACACAUUUUUCUUUUAAAAAUCCACGAUCAAAGUAGAAAUGUCCAUAACCACCUUUUUAAUAUAAAAUCAUGAAGACACUGUCAUUCACUUGUAGUCUAGUAAAGAGAAAACAGUACACAGCGUAUUUUGAUUCAUGACAGAAUCAUGUCGAAUCUUUUCCACCUUUUUCACUUUGAAAUUAAGUCAAUAAUUUGGCUACCAAGUGCUGUGUUGUUUAAUUGUAUGCUUUAUAGUACAAAUUUGUUGUGCCAGAAUCAUUUCAAGUUUAUGUAUGAGUGUGUGUACACAGGUUGUGUAUAGUCUACAAAUAGAAAAGUUUUCUCCUGAUUGCUUUUUUUCUUUUUUUCCUUUAGAAGACGCUCAAAGGUGCAGGCUGGCGUGUCAGCUGCACCUUUAUUGACCGUUUUUUUUUUCUCUCCUACACAUGAAAGUCAGUGUAGAUGAAGCGGAGCUGGUGCAGUAAGACAAGUUUCUGGAAAGCUGUCGAACACCAGUGUUUAAAUUUUCUAUCAUCAUGCAUAUUUUUCCAUCCCACAUUUUAAAGUGUGGUGGGGAUCUUUUCACUCUAGUUGACUGUUGCUAUGCUUGCCCAGCUUCCUUUUUAUAUCAUGAAACAAAUGCAGUUUACAACGAUAACAGCGGUAGAUUUACCACUAAAAGAAGUCUUAGUAAGUUUUGAAACAACGAGUCCUUGAUUUCCAACAGGGGAAGAUAAUUGAUAACUGUUAACAGCUAAUAGUUUAACGAGCUGGUUGGUCUUCAGCUGCUGUUUUGAUGUUUUUAGCUGACUUGUUUUUUAAAAUGAGAACCAUGUAAAAGUUGCACUUAUUGGCUACAUACUUACUCUCGUGCUAAAGCUGCAUGUCCAGCACAGUUGAUGUUUCAUGUAGAAGAUAUUAAAGGGAUAGUUCACAUUUUUUAAAGUGGGGUUGUGUGAAGUACUUAUCCACAAUCAGUGUUUUACUGACAGUAGAUGGGGGUCAGCACGCCCGUAGUUUGAAGAAACAGGCAGAAGUAUCGACAUGGAAGCUGAGCACUAAGAAAAAUGUAUUUCAGCCCCUUCAAAAUAGGCCCACUUUUUUUGAAAAAAAUCAGUAUCAGUUGUAGUGUUUGCUAUAUUUAGAAUAUUUUCACCACUCUACCUUCAGACAGCCCUUUUCUUUGGCACUACAUUUUCUCAUCUGUGGAAUUUACGUAUUCCUCGCCCGCCACGCGCUGUAUUAUGCCGCAGAUUAGCUGUUUGGGUCAAAGAGCGCCAUCACAGCGUGAUGCCAACGACAUUAUUUCCAACAGAGAUAAUGAUCUCUUUUACCACACAGUCAUUUCCAUUUUUACAAAGACGAAACAAAAAAGUUGAAUUAAUUUCCACGGAAACUUUGUGUUUGUGGGCGCUGAUGGUUAACUGAAAUGUGACACCACACCGUUCGGCUUCAGCAUCCUGCACACACACACACACACACACACACGCAGGUUUGUUCAUGUACAAAAAAAAAGGUUCUCUGUCCAAUCUAGCAGUGUAGUCACAUGACAAUCUAUAUGAGAAAUGAAAACCUGCACCCCUGUUACUUGUUGUGUACAAUGUUUUUUAGAAUCUCACUAUUUUUGGAUUAAUUUGUGCUGGUGACAGUUCCAUUGUCUAUGAUUAUAAUGAUAUUAUUAUGGAGGUUUUAUUUUAUUGCUAUUGUGUAGGAUAGCCAACUGUUUUUUUCUCUCUUUCUCUCUCUCUCGCUCUUAUUUUAUCAUAAACAUAUAGUACUGGUUUCCUUUUUUGAAACAACUUGCUGAAAAUUGCACGAUCAGUUAUUGUGGUAUUAGCAAAUGCAAUGAAGGAAAUACCAGUUAAAUGCUGCAAUUUUAAUUAAGAUAUAGAAUAUAUUUAUAAAAACGGGAAACAACUGAAAUUAGUAAUUCAUGAAAUUUGAAAAACGUUAAUGCAUGGGAUACAGGUAACAACAAAACUUAUGUUACAUACAGUAAUAAAGGACAUGCAUCACAAAUGAGUUUUAAAACAACUCAGAAUAAUGUAGCAUAUGAAAUACUAAAGAUGAAAUUUAUAGCUAAUAUAUUGUGUUGAGCUAGUCUGCUUUGGGUUUUGUUGUAAAGAAAAUAUUUCUUUUUUGUUUUGUUUUUUGAGAAUGAUAUACAGUUUGUGUAUAUUUUCAUAUACAAAGUAUGCACUGAUAUGUUAUUGAAAUUCUAUACCGCUUUUACAAAAAAGUGUUUGUUGUACCAAAGUAUCCAAGUCCCUUGAAACCUUAUCCUUUUUGCGUAUGUUUUACCGUAUUUUAUAUAUUAAAUAGACAAACUGAGUGAAAUUAAA